AUGGAUCACGCGAAGAAGGGCGAUGCGGCGCUCAGCGCAAGCCAGUAUACCGAAGCUAUCGAGCACUUCACUGCAGCAAUCGGCGUGAACCCAACUGCUGUGAAAUACUACAUCGGCCGGUCUACAGCUUACCAGCGCGCCCAAAAGUUCCCCGAAGCCCUCACCGACGCCGAAAUCGCAGUCGUCCUCGCGCACAAGCGCGCAACGCGUGAGCUCAUCAAGGAUGCGCAGUUCCGACGCGCACUUGCCCUCUUCUUCCUGGAGAAAUAUGGCGACGCAGAUUUUGUGCUGAACAUUGUCAAGAAGCUGGACGAGAAGGAGAAGAUGCUGCCGAUUUGGAGCAUGAAGGUUGCGGCGAAGUUGAAGGACUUGCCGGAGGAUGAUGAGAAGCGGAAGGUUACGGUCAAGGAUGUGCCGGACGUUGAAGUUCCGAGUGCUCCGGCGGCGGCGGCGGCGAAGCCUGCGAAGAGCGAGACAGUAGAGACGAAGAAGACGGAGAAGUCAGUCGAGGCACCAAAGCCUGUGGUGCCGACACCAGCGAACAAGAUCAAGCACGAUUGGUAUCAGAGCAACGACAGCGUUACGGUCAACAUUCUUGCCAAAGGUGCACCAAAGGAUGCGACAGUCGUCGAGUUCGAGAAGGAUUCGCUUUCAGUCUCCUUCCCGAUCACUGACUCAACAUCUGAAUACCACUUCUCCGCCGACCCUCUAUACGCCUCGAUCGACCCGUCACAAUCGAAGUUCCGCGUCACGCCCAACAAGGUGGAGAUUACCCUCAAGAAGGCAGCGCAGGGCAUGAAGUGGCACACUCUCGAGGGUCUCGACCGCACAGUCGAACCCUCAUCCGACGAGACCAAGACCGCUAUCCCGUCCCAUGUCCUCACCAGCAAACCUGCCCAAGAAUCCGCCCCUGCAUACCCCACAUCCUCAAAGUCCGGCGCAAAGAAUUGGGACAAAUUGGCAACGGAGGACCUCGAUGACAAAGACGACAUGGACGGCGACGAGACCUCGCACUUCUUCAAGCAGCUGUACAAGGGCGCCACGCCUGAGCAGCAGCGCGCGAUGAUGAAGAGUUACCAGGAGAGCGGCGGCACGGUGCUUAGCACGGACUGGAGCAACGUGGGUAGCAAGACGAUUGUGCCUGAGCCUCCGGAGGGCAUGGAGGCGAAAAAGUAUGGAGAUUGAGAUGGAUGGAAUGUGGGACGGACAAACUUUCCUAUUUAAUAGCAUAGCGAGGUGCUUGUUUUCUUAGGGAUAUACCACUGUAGAUGAUGCUUAGCAAUCAAUGUACGGACGAAAUGUCAAGGAAA